GUUUACAUCGCGAGGCGUUCGGUCGGCCGCCCAGAUUCCUCCAAAAAAUCCCCAUUUCUCCUGUUUUUAAAUGGAGAAUUUGGUCAUUAUAGUUUUUAAUUUACUCUAAAAGUCUGACAUAGUACAAAGCAAGAUGGAGAAAGAAGUAACAGAAGUGUACCCAAUUGGGGAAGCAGAAGAACAACAGAGUGAAAGCCAGCCAACGGAUAUGACAGAAACAACGCCUCCAGAAAAAACAAGUUGCACGGCAGAAGCUGCUUUUGUACAUGUGGAAAAGAGUCUUGAGUCAGGUGUGUUGGAAGAUCAGCUGGUCGAAAUUGUCCAUAACGAGUCGUCAGAAUUAACUUCAUGUUAUUGGCCAGCGAAGGUCGUUACUACGUGUGGUCCUCUCUUAAGAUUACGCUUUGUGACACAUUCCUCUGUAAACGUAGAGUGUUGGAAAGAGGUGGCCUUAGGGGGUCUUCAUCCUCUAGGGUGGUGCGCACUUCACAACAUCGAAAUGGCUCCUGUGCCUGACCUCAUCGACUCCCUGAUUGAGGAAAGUGAAUUGCAAAACGCCAAGGUAGCAGUGGAGGAAGCGCUGAACCAUGGGGUAUCGGUACCAGGAGAAGCCUUCGACGGAGAAGGAUACACGGCGGUCGAGCGGAUCAAGCAAGGCAUGAAGGUUGAGGUAUUGUACAAAGAAAACCCAUCAUGCGGGUGGGUGGCGACUGUUAUUGACAACGUUGGUGGACGCCUGCUCUUGCGAUAUGACACGCCUGAUUGCUCGGGUCUUGUGUUUUGGCUCUUCUACCUUAGUCCUCGGUUAAGGCCACCAGAUUGGAUUCAUCACCAGGGACCACCUUGGAGAUAUAAACAUCCGGAAUCCUGCUCCCAGUACGAGGAGGCGGAGUGGGCUGCACUUCUUGAGAUGAGUCGGGAUGACGCCAGACGUUCUCCCUUACCAAACAAUCUCCUCUCACCUGCUCUCCCCGUGAGCUCUCACCAGUUCACAGACGGCAUACUAAUUGAAGCCGUGCACCCCACAAAGCCCAACUCAGUCCAUGUGGCCAAGGUCACCCUAAUCAGCAAUGAGUCCAGAUUCUUUGAAGUGUCAAUUGAAGGCGAGAAAGGAGAUAACAGAGUCACGUGGAUGACUUCCAUCGAUGACCCUUUGAUCCUGCCAGCAAGAUUCUGUGAGAAAAAUGGCAUUGCCCUUUUUCCACCUGGUGACUGGCAUGGGGAGACAGAGUUCAGCUGGGAUGCCUACCUCCAGUCUUGCAGUGUACAGUGUGCAGAUGAUAGCUUGUUCCCCAAGCAUGAGGCAGCUGAGGACUUAGGCUUUGAGGCUGGACUUAGACUUGAAGCUGCCAAUCCAGACCCUGCAGAUCAGAUUUGUGUUGCUACUGUCAAAAAGGUUACAGGUCACCUCCUCCACAUCCAGCUGGAUUCAGAACUUGAGACAGAUCCGUACAUCAUGUCCUCCAUGUGUCAGGAUAUCUUCCCAACAGGGUGGUCUCAGUCAAAUAAUUAUCCUCUUCAUAUCCCUGCAGAGUAUUCACCACAAGCUAAGGUCAUAGAAGAUCCUACAUUGGAACUCUGCCAAAAUAAAAAUGGUGAUAACCCACAAAAUGAUCCCUUGUCUAGUGUAAGCAACCAAAGGUCCCUGUGGUGUCCAAGACUCUAUGUGAACCAUUGGUGCUACACUGGACCUUAUCUAAGCAAAUCUAAAGUUGCAAAGCAAUCUCAGAGUGUUGGUCCAGGAUCUGUUGAGCUGGUACUGCGUGAGGUACUGUCAAUGACAAUAAACGCAGCUUACAUACCAACUCGUGUGCUGAGAGAGCUGGAACGCAAUGCUGUGGAUUCUCAUCUCGUUUCAAGUACUUGGCAUCCAACCCAUUUGAAAGCAAAAUUUAAACGUUAUACUUACACAGCCAGCAUCUCUGUCGCUACCACAGCUUCAGAUGUCAGCGAUUUUUUGAACUUCAUUUGCCACACCCUUCAGUGCUGCCCCAAUCUGUGGUCACCAACGCAGAGUGGAGAGAAUUGCCCCUUCCUCUGUACUUCACAGAUGUUUAUUCAAGGGAGCCAGUCGUCUUCCAUGCGAGGGCGAGGGAGAAUAGCAAUUACCAGAGGGACAAGGGGCGGCCCAGGUAUGACGAGAAUAUUCCACCGACGUAAGCGAGGCGGCCGUAAACGACUCUUUGUGCCAGUCAGAGCCAACCGGUUACUGCAGCCUAAAUCCUUAUCUAGUAAGGGAUCUGACGAGGGUGACACGAGUUCCCGCAGCUCUCGCCCGACCAGCCCCAUCCUGGACCCCUCGUUUGGGAACCGCAGAAGGCGGAGAGGAUUUCCGAGGAUGGAGAUGCAGACAAGAGGUAUUAAGCUCCCUGACUAUGCCAACCAGCUGAAAAUGAGGCAUGUCAAGAGGAAGUUCGAGGGUGGGGAGGGCUCCUCCAGUGCUUCCAGCUGCCGUGAGGAGCCCUUAGACAGGAUGAAGAGGAGCAGGAAGAGCGAGUACCCAGACGGAAACUCGGGGCUAGAGCCCGCCUCAGUGACCUCCGACCCCUUGGAAUGGACAGUGCAUGACGUGGAGCAGUACGUUGCCAGCCAGCCGGCCAUUUGCCACCACGCAGUCCGACUACGGGAACAAGAGGUGGAUGGCCGGGCUUUCCUGCUCUUGAACUUACCCACGCUGGUGCAGCACCUCGGUUUGCCUCAUAGCUCAGCUGUGGCUCUUGCUCAACAUGUGUGCCGCGUAAAACUUGCUCACUUCCUUUUCUUUUAUAGGGCAGAAGCUUGACCAUCAUUUUUAUAUAAAGGAAUUACUUUAAUUAAUUAAAUGAUGGCACAGUUUUCAAGUGGUCUGUGUUUGUGUUUUUGUAUAUAUAGUAUAUUUGUAUAACUUUGUAUUAUAUGAACAACUUAAUGAAUGUUAAAUAUUGAUAAUUAGGUAUAUUAAUUACUUUUAUUGUAAGUUAAGCUAUCCAUUCUUGUACAUUGGAAUAUCUGUUGUGCUUAUUGUUAAUGCUAUUUACAAUAAAAUAAAUAUAUGUAGAAA